GUAACGAGUAUUUAAAAGAAAGUCAGAAAUUAAGUGUGAUUUUCCUUUUUGUGAGCAAUAAAAUACUUUUUAAAAAAUCAAAUUUGUCAUUUCAUUGUUUUUCGGGCACUUUCGUCCAAACUCCAAAAUAUAACUGUACUAAGACUUAUAUGCUGGGUUCGUUGUGUGAGCAGAUUGGUGAUAAAUUCAUCUUGAUAACCGAGACCGAUGUUUGUGCUAUUAUUUAUUAUUGAAGCCGAAAACUUUAAGCGUUCUGUAAAUACACACCCAAAAAUUCCUGUACAACAGUGUAGUGAGCAAUUGAAUGAUAUUCCAGGAUUUUGUGGAUAUAUUAUGUAGCGACGUUGGUUAUCAUCGGUUAUCGCGCAUUGACAACCCGGUGAGUGUUUUUCCCCGAUAAUCUGUUUAUGCUGCAGCAAAUGGCUGUUUCAUUGAACAGUAUGUCAAUUUUCUGGUUUUGUCCGUGGUAGCAUCAUUCGCCACUAUAAGACAUUAUAGCAGUUGAUUUGUCACUGGACUUUCUUGGGUCUUAAGGAACGGCAAAAAAUUAACAAAUUGUUACUUUUAAACCAGGCAUGUGAUUCAUAAUCGUUGAAUUGAUGUGUGAAAUUAUAUUACUACGUUCGUAUCCGGUUCAAAGUCUUAUAUUUGAAAGAUAGAUUUAUUCAGUCAUGUUUAAAGUAUACAUCGUACUUGUCAAAAUAUAAUCGAAUUAACUGCAUUGCACAGUUUGUAUUGAAAAAUUAAUUCUGAAGACUUUAGUGGAGUUAAAUAUUAAAACGACUAGAGACGUGUUAGUUCCGGAGUCAUCGGCAGCCAUUUUAUGUUGGAUAUGUUCGUCGUUUAGUUGCGAGUUGAGGUCAGGAAGAUGGUGAAGUCUGAGGACAACAGAAGCGAACCUGAACAUGUUCGGAAAUUAUUCAUCGGUGGGUUGGAUUAUAGAACCACCGACGAUUCGUUGAAAAAACAUUUUGAACAAUGGGGGGAAAUUGUGGAUGUGGUUGUCAUGAAAGAUCCUCAGACCAGGAGGUCAAGAGGUUUUGGCUUUAUUACAUAUUCUCGGGCGCACAUGGUUGAUGAUGCACAGGCGGCUAGGCCACACAAGGUAGACGGACGAGUGGUUGAACCUAAACGCGCCGUGCCCCGUACGGAAAUUGGCAGACCAGAGGCGGGCAUGACAGUGAAGAAGCUUUUUGUGGGAGGCAUAAAAGAGGAAAUGGAAGAAGAAGACUUGAAAGAUUAUUUCUCUACGUUUGGAUCUGUUACAUCUGUUGCUAUUGUUGUUGAUAAAGAUACACGUAAAAAAAGGGGGUUUGCAUUUGUGGAAUUUGAUGACUACGACCCAGUUGACAAAAUAUGUUUGUCACGAAAUCACCAGAUCCGCGGUAAACACAUUGAUGUGAAAAAGGCAUUGAGCCGUGCAGAGAUGGCUGCAAUGGGAGGUCCAGGUGGAAUGGGUCGUGGUGGAAAAGGUGGUUUGGGUGGCAGAAGCGGGGGUAUGGGAGGUGGAAUGGGUGGAGGUUGGGGAGGGAGAGAUGGAGAUUGGGCUGAUGAUGGCUUUGGUGGCGGUGGUGGAGGACGAUGGGGAGGUGAUGAUAUGUGGGACCAGCCCAGAGGAGGUGGUGGAAGUUGGGGAAGUGGCAGUGGGUAUGGUGGAGGGGGUGGUGGUGGAAAUUGGGGGGAUGGUGAUAGAUUUGGUGGUGGCUAUCAGCAAGGUUAUGGAGGUGGUCCUAUGAGGGGAGGUGGUGGUGGUGGUGGUUAUGGUGGGGGCGGUGGUGGUUAUGGUGGGGGUGGUGGUAGCGGCAGUGGCAGACCUGGUCCAUAUUCCAGUGAACGUUACCGUGGAGGGGGAUAUGGUUCCGGUGGUAGUGGUUAUGGUGGUGGAUCAAGACGCUAUUAACUACCAUUCUGCAUUUGACACACGCACACAGGAGUACAUAUCAGGUUCUGCAUAGGGCUAGCAGAGAGAGAGACAGACAGACAGACAGAGACUGGGGUGUACAGUCAUUCAGGCUAGCAGUAACGGGCAGACAGGCCGUCAAAGAGCAGGGACAGUGUACUCACAGGACUUCAGUGCAGUUCUACGUAGUUAGCUGAAAGCCAGUAUUGGAGAAUUCAGGUUACUUCGUGCCAGUUUUAUUUAUACAGCUAGUCCUAUCUGUGAUAGUAAUUUUAAGUAUCUUUUUUCCCUUGUACAAGAAAGUUAAUGCUAUUCAUCAAAAUAUAUACAUGUUAGACAUUUCAGAAGCAAUUGCUUUCCACCGUAUUUCCGUUAAGUGACCAAUGAUUGUUGGUGUAGUUAGGUGAUUGAAGUAAAUGUAGUAGUUUCUUUGAUAAGCCAAAGCAAGAGAGAGAGAGAGCAAUAGUAACAGUUGUUUUCAGUUUACUGUUUCAGAAUAAGUUAGAGAUUAUAGAUUCCCCCUGUUAAUGUAAAAUAAUGACCAUGGUGGUUUUAUUUACAUAUGCAUUAGGAGUAAGAAGUAACAGGCUGAAUUCUGUAAUAUGUCAAGUCAGCAGCUGGAUGCAAAAUAUUAUGGGAUUUUCUGCAGAGUAUUUUGCAGAAGGCUAUUUUGUAGGAUCCUGUAAGCGGUUGGAUAUGUUGGGUGGGCAACUUUGUAGAAUAAGUUUAACCAGGACAACAUAAUUCAAUUAUUUUGUUGUGAAUUACCUGAUUUAAUUGAUUUGUUUUUGUUUUUUUGUGCACCUUUUCCCUUUUCCUGUUCUUGCUAAUUACCUCACAUUUUGAUCUUUUGAAGAUUGUCAUGUGAGCUACAGCUACUCAUCCUACCUGUUUAAAUAUUUAAAGUUCAAUUUGUGUGACUCAGAAUUAAUUGAGGUUUGCUUUAAUAUGAAUUUGACAAUUUAGUUUGUAAGUGUUAAUUAUGUAUAGAGGAAUCAUUCCAAAUUUUGUUGUGAAAAUAAAAAAGAAAUUGAAACCA